ACAAGAGUGUGUAAUACACUCAAAGGAACAUCAAUCUCAGUGACUUCCACCCGCCAAGCUUUUCGGUUAUAUCCAUUUUAUAUAAUUAUCUUCCAUAUACAUAUGAAAAUAUAUGUGUAGUUCUUGUAUAUUUUAGGUCUUAUAAAAAUACCUUAUGUUAUAUUAUACAGUACAUAAUGCAUAAACUGAAUCUUUUCGUUUAUGUACAAGGCGAAACAAAUACUUAGGCCCAAUGAUUUCUGGAAAAAAGAUCACGUUCACUAUCAUACUCUAGUUAUUAAUUUGUUUUCUUGUAAAAUUGUAAGAGCUUCUCCAUUUGUUGCGUGGUACCAUGGAAAAACAUCAUAACCAUCAUCAUAAACUUAUGAUAGCUAUAGCCUGAAGCUUAAAGAUCUAAGAUUUUGGAUACAAUAUCCAUCUUCAUAUGAUGAUAUGAAUAUAUAUCUGUGUGUGUGUGCAUGUGAAUAGUUAUAGAUAUUAAUAUAUUAUCUACAUGGUGUCCGUGUGUAACACCCCUAUACAUCAUUACUAACCCAACACAGCUUUUGGAUUUUUUUUUCUCAAUAAAAAGCUUUUGGAAUUUAAUUAGACCCAAGAGCCAUUCGAUCCAUUUCUUUUAAUUAAAAGAAGCUUCUUUUUUUCGAAACACAAUUAAAAGAAGCUUCUAACAGGAUUUGGUUUUGAUCCCAAGAAAAAAAACAAAAGGUUGUGACUUGUCUAAGGUUUUCGCAAUGGCUUAAGUUUUUAUAUAUACAAAUAUAUUUUCCUUCAUAUCAUUCUCUCCUUUCUCAUUUCUUCAUCUCGUUUCUUACUCAUUUCUCUAACAAUUUCCCUAAUUAUAUACGUUUAUAGAUCAUUUGGAUGGACAACAUAAUGCAAUCGUGUAUGCCACCGGGAUUCCGAUUUCAUCCAACAGAGGAAGAGCUCGUUGGUUAUUACCUAGAUGGGAAGAUCAAUUCAAUGAAGAGUGCUUUAGAUGUCAUUGUAGACAUUGACCUCUACAAAAUGGAGCCAUGGGAUAUUCAAGCGAGAUGUAAACUAGGGUAUGAAGAGCAAAACGAGUGGUACUUCUUUAGCCACAAGGAUAGGAAGUACCCGACCGGGACUAGGACCAAUAGAGCAACGGCCGCCGGGUUCUGGAAGGCCACCGGUAGAGACAAGGCGGUACUUUCAAAGAAUAGUGUCAUAGGAAUGCGGAAGACACUUGUCUACUACAAAGGUCGAGUUCCUAAUGGAAGAAAAUCAGAUUGGAUCAUGCACGAAUACCGCCUCCAAAACUCCGAGCUUGCCCCGGUUCAGGAGGAAGGUUGGGUGGUGUGUCGAGCAUUUAGGAAGCCGAUUCCAAACCAGAGGCCAUUAGGGUACGAGCCAUGGCAGAACCAGCUCUACCACGUUGAUAAUAAAAAAUACUACUCAUCUUCAGAGACAAUGAACACGAGUCACCAUAUCGGUGCCUCUUCAUCGAACCAAAACCUUAACCAAAUGGUCAUGAGUAAUAAUCACUACAAUGCCAAUAAUCCGUCCGCAACGAUGCAUCAAUAUGGCAAUAUCGAGCUCCCACAGCUAGACAGUCCUAGCUUGUCGCCAAGUCUAGGGACGAAUAAAGAUCAGAACGAGAGUUUGGAGCAAGAAGAAGAGAAGAGCUUCAACUAUGUGGACUGGAGAAUACUAGAUAGCUUGCUUGAGAUACAAGCCACACAUCCACAAAACCGUGAUGUCCUUGUGUCUUCGUUAGCAACGCAGUCUUAUAACCCGGAACAGAGCUACCCUUCCAUGCAUCAAAACUAUAAUUAUGAGGUCGAAGCUAAUAUUCAUCAUUCUUUUGGAUGCUUCCCUGACUCCUAAUUUUUUUUUAAAACUUAUAUAUUGAUUUGUAUUCUAUGAUUUAAUUGU